AUGGCUGCGGAGCAGUGCCUGGCAGGUGGCUGUGGAGUGAGCGCCCCUCUCUUUUCUCUGGACAGGUCUUCACACAAUGAGCUGGAGAAGCACAGGAGAGCCAAACUCAGGCUGUACUUGGAGCAGCUCAAGCAGCUGGUGCCGCUGGGCCCUGACAGCACCCGCCACACCACACUGAGCCUGCUGAAGCGCGCCAAGGUGCACAUCAAGAAACUGGAGGAGCAGGACCGCCGGGCGCUGAGCAUCAAAGAGCAGCUGCAGCGUGAGCACCGCUUCCUGAAGCGGCGCCUGGAGCAGCUUUCGGUGCAGAGCGUGGAGCGCGUGCGCACCGACAGCACAGGCUCUGCCAUCUCCACAGACGACUCUGAGCAAGAAGUCGACAUAGAGGGCAUGGAGUUUGUCCCAGGCGAGCUGGACAGUGUGGGCAGCAGCAGUGACGCGGAUGACCACUACAGUCUGCAGAGUGGCGGCUGCAGCGAUGGGGGGUAUGGGCCCCCCUGCCGGCGGCCAGGCCGCUCGGGCCUUUCGUAAGCUUGGUGCCCUCCGCCAUGGGCUGACCGGCCUGCCCUCCAGCCUCCCUGUGACCGACGCUAGCCUUCUCCACGGCCCACUGCUGUGCCAUUCAGGAAGCCCAACUACCGCCUGGGCUGCCUGCUGCCCGCCCGCCCACCCGCCUGCCUGCUGCCAGGGCCCACCGAGCCGCCCACCCCUCCCAACUGGGCAGGGCCCCCUGCAGGGAGACAGGGCCCGCUCCCCCAGCCUGGGGAGCCCACGUAGCCGCCCACCGUCUGUUCUCAGAAUCCUAACCAUUCCAGAAGUAUUAAAUGUCAUUGCUGCAAA